AUGCGCUGGUUGACGAGAUGCAUAUGUGAAUUCAAGUGUGCAACUGCCUAUGGGAAUUAUCUUCUUCGCCGUCGACAUCUUACCUCCGUCUCUGCUGCCGCCUCCAAUAACCAGUCAUGCAGCUCAAACUUACCAACCUCCGAUUUUCGUCUUCGCAGCUACCAAGAGGAAUGCAUUCAAUCUGUCCUCUCGUAUUUAAAGAAGGGCCACAAGAGACUAGGUGUUUCGCUGGCAACGGGCAGUGGGAAGACAGUUAUUUUUACCCAGCUGAUUGAUCGCAUUCCACCACGCGAUAUCAUCGCGAAGCAAACGCUUAUCAUAGUCCAUCGAAAAGAACUGGUCGAGCAGGCAGCAAAGCAUUGCAUGCGGGCAUAUCCAGAGAAGACUAUUGAGAUUGAAAUGGGAAACUGCCGUGCAACAGGCACGGCGGAAAUAACAAUUGCCUCUAUCCGAAGCCUCCUUUCAAAGGGGCGUAUUGAAAAGUUUGACCCUGAAAGAUAUAAGCUUAUCUUGGUGGAUGAAGCGCACCACAUAGUGGCCCCGUCGUACAGGGAGGUGCUUGAAUAUUUUGGACUCGAUGAAGUGUCCGAAGGUUCUCCGGCGCUUGUCGGCGUGUCUGCAACCUUCUCCCGGUUUGAUGGCCUCAAACUAGGGACUGCAAUUGACCAUAUCGUAUAUCAUAAAGAUUACAUCGACAUGAUUGGGGAAAGGUGGCUUGCGGAUGCUGUCUUCACUACAGUGAAUUCCAGAGCGGACCUAUCGAAUGUUGCUGAUGCGCCCAAUGGGGAUUUUCAGACAGGCCAACUUUCAGCCGCAGUUAAUACUGCCGUAGUAAAUGAUAUUACCGUCCGAGCCUGGCUCUCCAGGGCGAGUGAUAGGAAAUCUACUCUUGUUUUUGGAGUGGACAUUGACCAUGUUAAGUGCCUUACGGAUACAUUUCGCAGAUUUGGUGUUGAUGCAAGAUAUAUUACCAGUCAAACCCGGAAGAAUUUGAGGACUGAAGAACUGGAAGCUUUUCGGAACCAAGAAUAUCCGGUUUUAGUAAACUGUGGUCUGUUUACGGAGGGAACAGAUAUCCCUAAUAUUGACUGCGUCCUUCUUGCUCGGCCGACAAGAUCCAAAAAUCUUUUGAUUCAAAUGAUUGGGAGGGGUUUGAGGCUACACCCAGGAAAAGAGAACUGUCAUAUAAUUGACAUGGUUGCAUCUCUCAAUACCGGUGUUACAACGACACCUACCUUGUUUGGUCUUCACCCAGAUGAGGGACUUAACGAGACCAAGAUGGAAGACCUCGACAAACUCAAAGACCGCGAGGAUGGUGGCAUGAAUUCUAAACCGAAGUCUUUUGGGAUUUCAUCAGAUAAAAUAACCGUUGAUUUUACUCAUUAUGACUCUGUGCAUGAUUUACUCCAGGAUACUUCGGGCGAAAAGCGUAUUCGCUCGAUAAGCAAGAAUGCUUGGGUCUCGGUUAGUCCUGAUCGAUACGUUCUAAACGCUCCCUCUGGAAGAAUCAUAAUUAUCAAGGACGACAAAGGCUUGUAUUCGGUAUCUCAUGUCAGAGCCCUGCCCCAGACUGCCUCAUCGAAAAGUCCUUUCAGUCGGCCUCGAGAAAUCGCGUCGUCACUUGAACUGGCGCAUGCGGUCCACGCGGCUGAUACCCUAGCUAGUCGGAUUUUUCUCCCUGUUUUUGUAGCGUUAUGGCAGCCGUGGAGAAGGAAGAAUGCCAGCCAUGCCCAGAUUGCCUUUCUCAACAAGCAUCUUCCCAUCGAUAGUCAGAUUGAAUUUGGGGAAAUCACCAAAGGAGACGCGGCCGAUAUGAUCACCAAGGUCAAACAUGGGGCAAAGGGACAGUUCAAGAAGAUCAUGGCCGCUAAACGUCGGUUGAGUCGAGAACAAUCGAAGGAAUCCAGACUGGAAGAGUUGAAGAGCAGAGAAGAAGUAAAAGUUGGUCCGCUCAAUUAG